CUGGACAAACGCGACGCACGACACAACGUUUUUUCCCCCUCGACGUUUCUGCAGAGAAACAGGGUAUUUAUCCGUUUUUAACCAAUAACGUGAGCAAACCGACAAAGGAAACACGUAUAUUUUCAUUUUAUUGGAGAUUAUUAGGAGAAUAUAUUAACUGUGUGGUUUUCCUGUGACGUCCCGGGACCGGAAAAGAGCCGUUUCCCCCCCGACAGCUGGUUUGCGGAUUCCCCCCUACAAGCUUGAAGUUGUGUGAGCCGGCUGAGAUGAGCGGUCCAGAGUUGGCCAAGACACCGGGAGGUGGGGCUCCGGGCAAGGAGGGAAAGGAGCAAGUGGCCAAUGGGCACGCAGGAGAGGGCAGCGACGCCAACCCAUUUGCUGAGUACAUGUGGAUGGAGAAUGAAGAAGAGUAUAACAGACAGGUGGAAGAGGAGCUGUUGGAGCAGGAGUUCUUGGAGCGCUGCUUCCAGGAAAUGCUGGAGGAAGAGGACCAGGAUUGGUUCAUCCCUUCACGCGACCUUAACAACCAGGGGGUGGGGCAGCUGCAGCAGCAGCUCAACGGCCUGUCUGUCAGCGAUCACCACCACAACAAUAACCUGGAAGAAGUGGCGAGGAAGAGCAUCUUGAAUCCCGAAGCAAAGGAGUUCGUCCCGGGGAAGAAAUACUAGGAGUCCCCCUCACCCCCAUGGAGCCUCCACGCACGCACGCACAUACACGCACACACCAGUUCUCACAUAUUCCCAGAGACUCUGGCGGCCACGACCGCACACACACACUGAUUCUCUCGCACACAACACACACACACUCUCACUCCUACACACUUGAAGUCAAUGGCGUGCUGGCAGGCCCAGUUGGGGGGUGGGGGGAUUUCUUUUUCUUUCUUUUUCUGUUUGUUUCUUUAAUCCUUUUUAUUUCUUGUAAACUGAGGGACAUUGGGAACAGGGGUGGGGGAGGGGUGUAAUACCAGCACCGCCCUACUGCGGGCGCUAGCUCAUCAUUGCAUUUCAGAUGACACUGGUGAUGUUUACAGAGUAUGCAGAUCUUAUUAAUGUCCCCUUGGAACUGAGGCAGCUACCAAGGAGUGAUGCCAGGGAAAACCAUCUAAUAAACAUGAGAAAGUGUUUCACAUACUUGUUAAUUUGUGUGCUGUCAAAACCGGAAAACAUCGUCCGUAAGUUAAGGGUUUCCAUAGCAGUGAGGUAAGAGAACGACUUCCUUAUUUCAGGGGACUUGAUGGGUUUCUGCCGCUGCUCUGUUGUCAUCACGGUCAGUCAUACCCGUUAUCGUUGGCUCCAAUGUCAUAAGCUCCUUGUGACAUCACAGUUUUUGUGCAUCUAGAAAUGCGGGUUCUUAUUUGUAUCCGCGGUCGGCUCCGUUUCAAACCAAAUACAGCCCCACCCUCCCUGCACGCUUGUUUUGAAGUGUUGUCGACAGACAAGGACAGGUGUAAUCAUGGAUACAGUUAUUUUCCCAAUUUAUGUGGAAGUCCAUGUUUAUCUUUUGUCCAGUUUAUUAGAACAGAGGUGUGAGUUUCUCAAUCAUGCAUCAAGUCGAGUUAAGCAAGAACAAUGUAAAACAGGAAAGGUCAGAUUUUUUUUUUAACCUUCAAAAAGCUCAGUUGUCAAAUUAAUUUUUGUUCACCGCGGCAUCCUUUUUAGUUACAUUUGGAUUUAUGGGGUGUAGUGAACAAGCUUGUUACAGGGGAGUAUUUGGUCUGGAACACAGCCACUGCCUGCCGGAACAACUCAGUUUGUCCAGCAUCAGAUCGAGUGUCCAUAUCCAAAUCAGGUUUUCAAAUAGCCUCUCCUCCUUUUUUUUUUUUUUUUCUCUUCAUGUUUGUGAGGAUGAGUCAUUUUGUGUCUCUACUGGGUACAGUAACCUGUGGUGUCCAUUCAGUCCUGUUUGCAGAUGUGAGGGGACAGUAUUGUCAUGGCCAAUCAGAAUAAAGCAGUAUGGA